AUGGCAAGGUCUAGGGGAACAGCGCCCAGUCGCCCCGGUGGGCCAAGUCGAGGCGGCAUUCGGAAACGUGGUGCUCCUACGAGGACAGACCGAGAUGGCGAUCUUGAUAUGGGUGCCGGCACACAACGGGGCCAUGUUGGUAAACGCGCUCGUGGACAUGGUCACCCAGCGCAUACACGAGAUUUAUCGUCUAGAAUGGAACUCGACCGCGACCGAAUUCAGAAAGCCAUUAGCAGCGGCGAUGCCAGCUCACAGGCCAAUAUCCGACAAGGAGCGACUAAGUCACGUUUUGAAGAAUAUAGUAUUACUGGCUGGAAAGAGAGCAAAGCCGCCUCGAACUCCGACGGGGGUGUCCGAAGUCUCGUUGACUGGCUCGAAAAGAAGUUGCCCACAACGAAACACGGCCGCAAAAACAUAAUCAAGCACCGCGUCGAGGGAGACACUAUUGUAGUCAGUGUUCGACCGGAUUUGGGAGACAGGAUGUCACAGAUUAACGGGUAUACAUUUGCUGGGGCUGAACUCCUUGUGGAAAAAUAUGAAGAAACACCCUCAAUAUCUACGGAAGAGAUGAAGAAGCGGUUAAAAGCUUUCUUGAGCAACCGAUUCCUUCCGGCCAACAAAAUCUUGAAUCUGCAAAACCUGGCAGCGGAUCCUAUCCUUCUCGAUAUGGGCCUCUUCAAAACGCCUACGAGUGAAACCAAAUUCUACCAAGCCUUGAUGAAAGUCUGGACCUUGGAAUUUCCAACCGAACAGGCCAGCCGAGAUGCAGUGGAAAAUCUCAGCCUCGCCAACAACGGGCUGACGAACAUAAACCCGGUAACUACGCUCUCGCAGAAUUUCCCGAAUCUCAAAGCACUCGAUCUUUCCAACAACAAUUUCCAGGAUGAGAAAGCUCUAGAUAAAUGGCGCUGGAAAUUUCGCCAGCUAGAGUUUCUCGACUUGACGAAUAAUCCUUUCAGCUCAGUUGCCAGCUUCAAAGACAUUAUGAUGAAGUGGUAUCCAAAACUCAAAACUCUCAACAACAUACAAGUUCGCACCGAUGAGGAGGUUGCUGCGCAAAGCAGGGCUCCGAUCCCCGUUCAGCCUCCCUUUUUCCAGGACGAAGGAAACAUUGCGGAGACAUUUAUUCGGAACUUCUUCCUGGGCUUCGACAAAGAUAGGAAUGGUACCCUAAAUCUCUACUACGACAAUAACUCAUCUUUUUCAUACAAUGUUAACCCGGUCGCCCCACGUUCGGCACAGGACGGUAUCACAACUCCUACACCCGGCUGGGACAGUUGGAUCAAAGGCAGUCGCAACCUAAAGAAGAUAAAUCAUCUUGCUGCCCAAAUGAACCGCAUGUACGUUGGUAUCGAGAAGAUUCGAGAUGUAUGGAAUUCCAUGCCUCAGACAGAACACCCUGGUCUUGAUCAACCGGCGCAGUGGUUAAUUGAGUGUCAUUUGAUUCCGUGUCUUCCCGACGCCACUGGUCAGAGUCCAUCUGGCGUCGGAGGUUUCCUUAUCAUGAUACAUGGCCAGUUCAACGAAUCCAGCAGUGGCAAAGUUGAAACUCGCAGUUUUGACCGCACUUUCAUCCUUGGGCCCAGUCCUGGCCCUGAGAACGUCAAAGUUAUCAGCGAUAUGCUUACUCUUAGAGCAUACGGCGGCUACAAUGCCUGGGAUAUCAACAACAAAAUCGACACCGCACCAGCCGUUGGUGCUCCACCAGUUCAUCCGGAGGCACCGCAAGGUUAUGGUAUGCCAGCACCAGGCAAACCCGAUGCCCAAGUUCAACAGGAACAGCUAGUUCUCCAGCUCAGCUUUGCAACGCAGCUGAAAUUGGAGUUCUCUCAACGGGCCCUUGUGCAGCAUAAUUGGAGUAUUGAAGGAGCUCUGCGAGCUUUCGAGGAAUCAAAGGCACAAAACCAAAUCCCGGCAGAAGCAUUUGUUUCUUUAGUGUCAUAGGAUGGGAGUUCAUCUUUCAUCGCAUAUAUUACAUCUUUUUCUUUCUCAGAGGGUCAAAUCUUCUCUUUGAUAAUCCUGUUUUCCUUUUUGGCCAUACAUGUGGUGGCUUGAGCUGAGGUCAAUUGUGGCGCUGAGGGUGGCUAUUUUUCAUCUAAGACGAUGUACAAAGGUUAUAUGUAACAUGGCGAUGAAUUUGCAUGGUUCGACGGAGCUUGGUGAUUUUGUUUUUACUUUUGUUGCGGAAAUCAUAAAUAUGUACCAAGAUAUUGCUUCGAAGCAAGAUGGGUUCCUACUUUGACAGUUAGUAUUUGAUAAUGGGUCUUUUCACAACUAGACAAUCCAGCUCAAUCUAUG